CUACAGCGCAAUCGGUCAGACCGCUGGGUCGCGUCACGCUUUCAGUCGUCCAUCGUGGUGCUUCAAAUCGAACCUGUCGAGAUAGGCGUCAGAGCAGUAUGACGGCUGUUCCCGGACGGAGCGUAGCCAGGGUGUAUGCGGGUGCCAACGAAAAGUUUGGCAGGCAGUGGUGGGAUUACGACAACCUCGUGGUGCAAUGGGGCACACAAGAUAAUUACGAAAUUCUUCGCAAAGUCGGGCGAGGCAAAUACAGCGAAGUGUUUGAAGGUGUAAAUGUAGCAGGCACCGCGGUCGGCGGAGGGUCAGGGGCUGGUGCUUCUCCUGGUCACGGAUUGGGUGCCACGGGUGGACCGGAAAAAUGCAUCAUCAAGGUGUUGAAACCUGUAAAGAAGAAAAAGAUCAAGAGAGAAAUCAAAAUCUUGCAAAAUUUGGCCGGUGGUCCUAAUGUUGUUGGCUUGUUGGACGUUGUUAGGGACCCGCAGUCGAAGACUCCCUCGAUGGUCAUGGAAUACGUCAACAACACCGAUUUCAAGACGCUCUACCCCAAAUUCACAGACUUUGACGUUCGCUUUUACAUCUACGAGUUGCUCAAGGCGCUCGACUUUGCUCAUUCGCGAGGCAUCAUGCAUAGAGACGUAAAGCCGCACAAUGUUAUGAUUGACCACGAGAAGCGCCAGUUGCGGCUCAUCGACUGGGGAUUGGCGGAAUUCUACCACCCGUACACAGAGUACAAUGUUCGUGUCGCAUCGAGGUACUUCAAGGGACCAGAAUUGCUAGUAGACUUCCAAGAGUAUGAUUACUCACUAGACAUGUGGAGUCUGGGCUGCAUGUUUGCGAGCAUGAUCUUCCGCAAGGAGCCUUUCUUCCACGGGCAUGAUAAUUAUGAUCAGCUGGUCAAGAUCUGCAAGGUGCUCGGUACGGACGAGUUGUAUACCUAUCUCGAAAAGUACGAUAUCGAGCUGGAUCCCCAAUACGACGAAAUUCUUGGCCGCUACACACGCAAACCUUGGUCAAGGUUCAUCACAUCCGAAAAUCAGCGAUACGUAUCCAACGAGGCCAUCAACUUUUUGGACAGUCUCUUGAAGUACGAUCAUGCCGAAAGGUUGACUGCUCAAGAAGCCAUGAAUCAUGCUUAUUUCGAACCUGUGAAGGCGGCCGCAUCUAGAGGGGAGGUACCCAGCUGAGGAGCAGAGCAAAGCA